CUGGCUGACGACCGCAUGGCACUGGUGUCGGGAAUAAGUUUAGAUCCCGAAGCAGCGAUCGGAGUCACUAAACGUUUACCUCCCAAAUGGGUCGAUGGAGCAGACGAAAUUCAAUAUGAUAUUGCCAGGGUUAAACAGAAGAUGAAAGAAUUAGCCAGUCUUCAUGAUAAGCAUCUGAACAGACCCACACUGGAUGACAGCAGCGAAGAAGAACGGGCCAUAGAAAUAACAACCCAGGAGGUCACACAG